AUGAAUUUAGAUGGAGAAUCAGAUCCAAACAAAUUAUCUAAUUACAUUCAAUCUUAUUCUAAAUAUUCAUUUUAUCUUACCAUUAAAUUAGAUUUAUUAAAAUAUAUUCAACAAAAAAAAAAUAAUGAUGAUUUGAAAAAUUUUAUUGACGAGAAAGUCAUCGAACCAAAUAGAUUAUUAUCAACAGAUAUAAAUGAUAGAGUCACUUUUUUUGACAGUCCCUCACCAAAUCAUAAUUUAUUGCUGCCAAUCCAAACUAGAAUCAAAUUAUUGGAAUCGUAUAAAAACAAAUACGAUGAAAACCAAGAAGAGGGAGAUACUUAUCUAAAGAAGUGUUUUGAAGAUUUAAUUAAAGGUUAUCAAGAGUCUAUUAGAUUCUAUGUAGAUGAAGCCAUAAAAUUAAGAAGCAGCGAAAAGAGAAUGAACUUAUAUGAUAGCAAUGUCUAUUUACUAAGUGAGGACCUGGAGUAUAGAGAGGUUGCUUUGGACACGGCAUAUCAAAUAGCAUGCUAUGAUAAGCAAGAGUAUGACUAUGUUAGAAAAAAUUUAAGAGGUCUUAGUAUCAGUAGCCAACUAGGAGGUGUUUAUUUUAAAGUGGAUAAUGGUUCUAGACUACUAUCGCCGGCAAAAGAAGACGCUGUCUUUAGAUUUUACAGUUUACUCUAUGGUUUGGACCAACAAUUGAUAUCACCAACUCAAUUAUUAAUAUUAAGUAAAAUACCUAUUUUACCAUCAAUUUUAUCAGUGUCUCCAGAAAGAAAGUUAAUGGCUAAAAUUAAAAAGGAAAAUGGUUUCAAAUCUUCAAGAGAUGUCUUUAUCUUAGAUCCAGAGUUGAAAGUUAGAGUGGAUGCGGCCAUGUUAUUAGAAAGAACACUACCGAUCCAAGGUAGUUUGUUUAAAGAGGGACAAACUUUUGAAGAUUUUCUAGAGGGUAUUGAGGCAAAUCAAGCAUCAGAAUCAUUACUGGGUACAAUUAAUGAGUAUAGUUUCAGUAGUCAUGUAUUGGCAAGUUUGUUACUAUUACCAACUGAUUAUAAACCGGAAAAUUUAAUUAUUGACAAUAAAAUGAAUAUUAUUGGAAUCGACAAUGAUUGUUGUUUAGAGUCUGAUGAAAUUACAAUAGUUAAUGGAACUACAUUUGUAAAUGUUAAAAAUAUUCUUUAUUUCAUAGACCCAUUGAUGAACAAACAAGUUAACGAGCUAUCAAGAUCCCAGUUUACAAAUCAACAUCCUACACUUUUAAUACUGGAAUGGCUUUCACAAUUACUUGAAAAAGAAAAUGUUUAUAACCAACUAGUAGAGAAAUCGCUAUCAACAAUCUACCCACAUGCACCAAAAGCAAAUACAUGUAAUUUAAUUAAAGAGAGCUUAAAUUUACCUUUAAAGUUUCCAGUUGGAUUCAUUGACUCAUUGGAAGAAAGAUUUAUAAAAAUUCAAAAGAUACUGAUCGAGAAGCCAGAGACCACACAUCAAGAACUUUUUAAACAAAUUCACAGGUUUGCAUCAGUUUAUUAUGAUGCAGUAUCAAAGAUUUAUAAUAAUCCAUUAGAUAGAAUUGCAUCUAUAAAAAACAACAAUAAAGAUGAGAAUCUCAAAGCUUACUUUUCAGAAAACUCUUCAAAAUAUCAAUCAUUUCAAACAGAAAUGCUUCAAAAUAAAUUUCUUCCAACAACACCCACAAUAACCAUAAGAGAAUCAAUAGUUAACAUUGUCAAUAAUUUAAAAGUAACAGAUUUAAUUUCACUAAAAGAAGAGGUUCUUUUUCAAAUUAUCAAAUUGAUUAUUAAAUUAAUAAAAGAAUCAAAAAUUAUAUUUCAAUUUAACAACUUAUGGAGUGUAUACUGUCAAGAAUUAUUAAUAAUGUUAAUGAGAAAUAAUGCUAAAGAAGAAGUUAUUCAAGAUUUUUUAGUUUGUUUUGGUAUUAAUGCUAGCCAACUCAAUAAAGAUGAACAUAGUAACCCAAAGUCAUUGAUUCAUCAAAUUAUUUCAAAAAUACAAACUGCUUCUUCAAAAAUCAAAUAUAUUCGAAUGUUUGUAUCAAUGGGUCUUAAUAUAGAUGUUACGGAAUAUAGUUUAUCACCUUUAGAUUUGGUUCUUUGUUCUGAUAAUAAAUCUGAAUACAUAGAACUAUUCAUAGAAUUGGUAAAGCUGGGUGCUGGUAAAACUUUAAAUGAAAAUAAAAUAUCUGAAUUUUGUUUUUCAUUAACAGAAAAUGAACAAAAAGACCUUUUCGAGACUGUGAAAUCUAUCACAAAUAUAAAUCCAAAAGUGGAGUGGUUGUUGGCACUUAAUCAUCUUUUUCCAUUGGCUCCCAUCGGUGCUAAAAUAGACUCAGUCAUUAGUGAAGGCCAUGUAUUUGCAACAUCAACAAGGGGUACAAGAAUUAUAAGAGAAAAGCACUGGGGAGCAAUAUUUGAUUUAAAUAACAAUCCGAUAAGAAUUAAUAAGUAUGGUAAAAGAACUGUGUCUUUUAUUGAAGACCGUGGUUUUAAAAUUUUUUUAAAAUUUGAACCUCAAUUUCCUGGUACAGAGCUAGCAGUUUCAUUACUUGGUCAACAGUUGUUCGGAAAUUACUCAACAUAUUCAGAAUUAGCAGUCAUUAAUGGAUUCGUCGUUUUAUUGGUUCAGGCAGCUAAAGGGGAACCAUUAUAUGAAUUUGUAGAGAAAAAUAAUGGCAUGUCGAGAUUAAAUUUAUUAAACAAAUCAAAUAUAUCAAAACAAUUGAUAAUGGAAAUGUUGAUUAAUAAUGGAGAUGGUAACUUAGGAAACUAUAUUAUUGAGGAAAAACAAUGUGGUCAUAGACAAAGCGAAGAGAAUUCAUAUGAAUAUUUCAUUGUCCCUAUUGAUAGCGAUCAAUCAUUUAUGCCACCAGUCACAAAAGAGAUUAAUGGAUCAUUUUUUGAUAAAAAGAAACUAUCUCUACAAGUAGAUACCUGUCUAUUCCUUUUAGAUCAAAUGAAUGACAACGUUCAUAAAGAUGUUGUAUUGUUCUUAAAAGAUAGAGACUUUGCCACUGAAUUAAAAAAUUGGUUGGACUCACUAAGUUCGAUGCAUUAUACAUGGAUUGGAUUCUUUAAAAAGCUUAAAAACGAAAGUAUCUUAGGGUCACAGUCAAUUAAUGAUUCAACUAUUGGUGUAUUAUUUGUACCAGGUCAAAUCAAACAUUUAUAUUCAAAAAUGGUUAGGUUGCAAAAUUUAAUUAAAAAAGAUAUUACUCAUAUGGCAUUAUUAGAGUCAUUAGAACCGCUAGUUGGAAAAAGAUAUAAAUCGAUUACUGCCCAAUUGAAAACAAUAUCUUUUUUAUAUAGAUGCAAACAUUUUAAGAAUACAAAAGAUGAAAGUUUAUUAACAUCAUCAGUCUAUCUAUCAGAUAUUGUAUUGGAAUCAAGAGAUAUACCAAAUGUAUCAAUGAUUCAGAAUCAAAUUAAUUCAGGUAUAUAUGGACCAAAACAAGCGAUAGAAGAAUUAAAAGAAAUAAAAAGAGAACACCAUAUUAUAGAGCAAAUUAUUAAAGAUUUAAGUGAUGUAGAAAAUCCAAACACUGAACGAAUAGAUAACUCCAUUAAAUUAGAGUCCCUAGACAAUAGCAUCACCGAUGUUUUAUUAGAAAAAGUAUUAAAGCAAUCUAAUCUAGAGAAACUAACACCGAGUCAGCAAAAAUAUUUAUUCAAAUUGAUAGCAAAAAAAGAACCAAUAAAUAUUUAUAUUAGAAGGACCAAAACAUUAAUAUCAUCCAUACUACUAACAUUCAACUUUAAUAGUGUUGUAGUAUUGGAUUUAUCACACUCGUAUCAAUUAACUUCAAUCACCAAUGGUAUCAUAAUAAGUAGUCCAAUCGAAAUGCCCUGUUUAAAGAAAAUUAAAAUGGAUCAUUGUAAUAAACUUUGUUACCUAAAAUUAAAAGCAAAUUGUUUAGAAGAACUAAGUGCCUCUUAUUGCAUAUUCAAAGUAUUCGAACUGGAUGCCCCAGAUAUAACUUACAUCAAUUUAUCAAAUGGCUCCAUUCAAAAUACAGAAAUUUUAUUAAAUGGUCUCAAAAAAUUCGAAAAUUUAGAAUUGUUAAAUAUUAGGGAAAACAAUUUUCAAGGUUUAGAUCCUUCAGCGUAUGUCACUGCAAAAAAAAUAUUAUACUUGGAUAUAAAAGAUGAUGUAGAAUAUAUACCACAGAUACUAUCAUUUGGCUACUACGGCACAAAUGCAGAAUUAAUUGGGCGAAUUCUGUGCAAAAGUUCUCCAAUAACUAAUAGGCCAUUUGUAGGAAUCACUCUAUCAAAUAUGGAGCUAGGUUAUAAUAAUUCAUGUAAUAUAUAUUUUAUUACAGAGCUUUAUGGUUAUGGAAGGGAAAAAAUGAUUUUCUUCCACAAAUAUUAUAAAUUCUUGGCAACUAUAAUGUUUUUUGAUCCAUCAAAUGCAAGUUUUUUCAAUGUUGUUACAAAUCACUAUAAGUCGGCAAGGGGCAUAUUCGGUGAUGAAACAAAGUAUAUUUUAUUUGGUGCAACAAUAGAAUAUAAAGAAGACUGCCAAGAGGUUUUAGACUUUCAUAAAGACAAUCCAAACAUAAAAUUAAUAUAUUCAAUAGGUGUGGAUACAGUCGACAAAGAAUUUAAUUUAAAAAAAAAAUUGCAGGAUUAUAUUUUUAAAAUAAACAAUAAAUAA